AUGCUCCCCAAUGGAGCGUUCAACGCUCCCCUUUCUCCCUUACAACGAGCCGUAAUAUCCACCUUCCGCAGCAGACCGUACAUAAAUCAGCCAUUGCUUUCUGUGCGACCUUUCUCAUCUUCCAGAGCAUGGAGCAACGAAAAUUCCACGGCUAAAGCUAAAGCCCCAAACGGCCGAGACCAAGAGACGCACGAACAACAGGCCUUCAACACACAAAUUGACAAUGCGGUGGGAGAAGCCAAGGAACUACAGACAAGAACGCCAUGGCAUAGAGAAGGGACCGAUAAGCCACCUGUGAAGCGUCAGCGUAGCGCUGGAGCAAUGACUAAAGGCAAAUUGCUCACUACGCCCUCGAAACUACUAAAAUUGAUCAUCCCUCUUACAACACUUGACAAGAAUGACGACAGAAAAUCCAUUGAGCCUCUAGCUCUGCUCGUGCACCCUCAACAACCACUAUCCUACCUAGAGCGGCUGAUCCAAUCCGAGAUCCCUAUGAUCGUCGGCAAGGACGGAAAGGAGAAAGUCCCAGAUGUGUAUUUCCGGGCCGAGGACCCGGCAUAUGGGCAGGAUGCUGCCAAGGAGGUAGACGCCGAUAUAGACGAAGUAGCACUUCCCGAGAGCGAAGAAGGGGACGAGGAAGGGAGCGAAAAGACGAUGAUCGAUGGGAAGCCAAUGAAGCUUGGCAAGAUCGUCAACAAGAAUGAGAAAAGUUCCAAUAUAGGCGGGAAUAAUGAGAUGAUUGAGGCCGCUGGGUUGAGAGGUGGGCCCGGAGAAGGAGGGGUGGAGAGUUAUAGUGGCCGGGGUAGAGAAACACCUUCAAAUCCCGACGAAACCAAAUUUGUGCGCUGGUCCUCCAGCACCGAGAUCGGGGAUUUUAUUCGCGAUGCUGCUCGUGGGAAAGAGUUCGCCGUCGAGAUCGAGGGCGCGAGCAAGGAUAUCCGUGUCGGCGUCCCCUCUUUCAACGACCGGACCUUUUAUCUAAGAGUUAGGUUAAGGAAAGCGAGUAGGAGGCUGGAGGAGAUGGGUAAGGUCAAGAAAGAAUGCGACGAUCUGGCGCACAGGAGUGCGCAGAGACUUGCCAUGGGCGGAUUUGGCGUCCUCGUUUCGUGGUGGGCGGCCAUCUACCAUUUUACAUUCCGCACUGACUAUGGCUGGGAUACGAUGGAACCUAUUACCUACCUAGCAGGCCUCUCCUCCAUCAUGCUCGGCUAUCUCUGGUUUCUAUACAACAACCGCGAAGUCUCGUACCGCGCAGCCCUGAACCUGACAGUCUCCCGACGCCAGAACGCCCUCUAUAAUUCCCGUGGCUUUGACAUGUCCAAAUGGGAAUCUCUGAUCGGUGAAGCGAACGCUUUGAGGAACGAGAUUAAAAGCAUUGCGAAUGAGUAUGAUGUGGAUUGGGACGAGAAGCUGGAUGAAGGUAGCGAGGAGGUCCAUGACACGCUGAAAGCGGAGAGGGCCAAGGAACGGAAGAAGAAUGACGAUGAAGAGGAAGAUGAGGAGGAGGGACAGAAGGGGAAGAGUGAUUAG